AAGGAGUAUUCCACCGCUGGUUUAGGUGCUUCAGCGUGUUUGUUGAGUGGGAAUACAAUCUUUUUUAUCCUAUCGAUUAGUGUUUUUCUAGAGUGAGAAAAUAUUAACAAUGGCUUUAUUAAAUUGUUUAAUCAAGAGCAAUUUGUUAACACAAAUUAAUAAUUUAAAAGCUUUAAAAUUGCUAAGUCAGAAUUGCUAUUGCACUCACUUGAAAUUUGCGGAGCACAAACCUAUCGAAAAAAUUCGAAAUAUUGGUAUAUCCGCUCAUAUUGAUAGCGGAAAAACGACUUUAACGGAACGUAUUUUAUUUUAUACGGGACGCAUUGCGCGUAUGCAUGAAGUGAAAGGCAAGGAUAAUGUGGGUGCAACUAUGGAUUCUAUGGAACUGGAACGACAGCGUGGUAUAACCAUACAGUCUGCCGCUACAUAUACCCUGUGGAAAGAUAUCAAUAUUAACAUAAUUGACACCCCAGGCCAUGUAGAUUUCACAGUGGAAGUAGAGCGUGCUUUGCGUGUUUUAGAUGGAGCAAUUUUGGUUUUAUGCGCCGUGGGUGGUGUUCAAAGCCAAACUUUAACUGUUAAUCGUCAAAUGAAACGUUACAAUGUUCCAUGCCUUGCAUUUAUUAACAAACUCGAUCGUAUGGGCUCGAAUCCAUAUCGGGUGCUAUCGCAAAUGCGUUCGAAAAUGAAUCAUAAUGCUGCUUUUAUUCAGUUACCAAUUGGCUUGGAAAGCGAUUGCAAAGGUAUCGUGGAUAUAGUUGGUGACAAAGCAAUAUAUUUUGAUGGUGAUUUUGGUGCUCAAUUGCGUUAUGAUGAAAUUCCUCAAAAUAUGCGCACGGAAGUUAAAGAGAGGCGGCAAGAGUUGAUUGAGCACUUAUCCAAUGUAGAUGAGAAAUUAGGGGAAAUGUUCCUAGAAGAAAAAACGCCUAACGAAGAUGACCUCAAAGCUGCUUUAAGACGUUCUUGCAUUAAGAGAACAUUUACUCCGGUUCUUGUUGGCACUGCCUUAAAAAAUAAAGGUGUUCAACCCUUAUUGGAUGCAGUGGUCGACUAUUUACCCAAUCCUGGAGAAGUUGAGAAUAUAGCUCUGAUUGAGCAGUCAAGCAAAGAUCCCCAAAAAAUUGUGCUCAAUCCUGCACGCGAUGGUAAAGAGCCAUUUGUAGGGCUAGCCUUUAAACUAGAAGCCGGCCGGUUUGGCCAACUCACCUACUUGAGAUGCUAUCAGGGAGUUUUGCGCAAAGGCGAUAGCAUUUUUAAUGCCCGAACCGAUAAAAAAGUUCGCAUCGCUCGUCUAGUGCGCUUGCAUUCGAAUAAUAUGGAAGAUGUGAAUGAAGUUUAUGCUGGCGAUAUUUUUGCACUUUUCGGCGUUGAUUGUGCUUCGGGCGACACAUUCACCACUAACCCACGUGAUGGAUUGUCUAUGGAAUCUAUUUACGUGCCAGAUCCCGUUGUUUCAAUGUCUAUUAAGCCCAGUGAUCCCAAAGAUCGAGACAAUUUCGCAAAAGCCGUUGGCAGGUUUACGAAAGAAGAUCCAACUUUCCAUUUCUGUUAUGACAAUGACGUUAAAGAGACUUUAGUGUCUGGAAUGGGAGAAUUACAUUUAGAAAUUUAUGCUCAGCGCAUGGAAAGAGAAUACAAUUGUCCUGUGGUGCUGGGGAAACCUAAAGUGGCUUUCAGAGAAACAUUAGUUGCACCAUGCGAAUUUGAUUACUUGCACAAAAAGCAAUCUGGCGGUUCGGGUCAAUUUGCCCGUGUUAUUGGUAUUAUGGAACCCUUGCCUCCUCAUAAAAACACCCUCGUAGAGUUUAGCGAUGAAACAGUGGGAACUAACGUACCCAAACAAUUUAUUCCCGGCGUGGAGAAAGGAUUCCGCGAGAUGGCCCAAAAAGGUAUGCUCUCAGGUCAUAAAUUAUCAGGUGUACGUUUCCGUUUGUUAGAUGGCGCCCACCAUGCAGUAGACUCGAAUGAAUUAUCUUUUAUGAUGGCAGCUUAUGGUGCCAUUAAAGAAGUCUUUCAAAAUGGUUCUUGGCAACUUCUGGAACCAAUUAUGUUGGUUGAAGUAACAGCUCCCGAAGAAUUUCAAGGCGCGGUCAUGGGACAGUUAAGCAAACGUCAUGGUCUUGUGACCGGUACAGACGGUUCUGAGGGUUGGUUUACCGUGUACGCCGAAGUACCCUUAAAUGAUAUGUUUGGUUAUGCCGGGGAAUUACGGUCAAGUACUCAAGGUAAGGGAGAAUUCACCAUGGAAUAUUCUCGAUAUUCACCUUGCCUACCCGAUAUACAAGAACAACUUGUGCGUCAGUAUCAGGAAUCUAUGGGUUUACUUCCCGAAAAGAAAAAAAAGAAAAAUUGAAAUCUUUAGUAUUAAGAUUAAAAGCAAACAUACGUGUACAU